GUCAAAAGAGAAAAGUCAGGGUAGCAUGCAUGACGUUUAUUUAAUUCGUUUUGAGUUCAACCCACGAUUUUAAUCGAAUUUUCGACAAAACACGCGGUUUAAUUCGGGUAAAGUGAGGUUAGAAGUGGAAAAGCGCCUGUCACGCUGCGCAGCUCGCGAACGUGGCUCACUCAACUCCCGGUAAUGAGGCUGUAAUUCACGGACUUUACGAUAGUGUGGUUUGCUGAGAAAAUGCUGGUGUUGUGCGAAUCAUUUUUGGUGAAACAUUGAGUUUUUUUGCGUUUUUCACGUUCCCAGAACGGUUUUCCUCUCGACGAGUUUUAGGUUAUAAACCACGUAAAUAUUUAAUAGUUGAUGCACGUUUCCUGUGUGAAGUGACUGACAAACACCAUGGAGGACGCACACACCAAAACGGUGGACGAAGUAUUAAACUAUUUUAAUACCGACCCAGAACGGGGGCUCACCUUAGAUCAAGUUAAAAGAAACCAAGAAAAAUAUGGACCCAAUGAACUUCCAGCGGAAGAAGGAAAGUCCAUUUGGCAAUUAGUUUUAGAACAGUUCGAUGAUCUACUAGUCAAGAUUUUGUUGUUGGCCGCCAUUAUUUCAUUCGUUCUCGCUUUAUUUGAAGAACACGAUGGAGCUUUCACCGCUUUCGUAGAACCUUUUGUUAUUCUUCUCAUUCUUAUCGCCAAUGCAGUCGUCGGUGUCUGGCAGGAAAGAAAUGCCGAAUCAGCAAUUGAAGCUCUUAAAGAGUACGAACCCGAGAUGGGCAAAGUUCUCCGUGGCGACAAAUCCGGUGUACAGAAAGUCCGGGCGAAAGAAAUCGUCCCCGGAGACAUCGUCGAAAUCUCUGUUGGUGACAAAAUUCCCGCUGAUAUUCGUCUGACUAAAAUCUUUUCUACGACUUUGCGUAUUGAUCAAUCAAUUUUGACCGGUGAAUCUGUUUCGGUCAUCAAACACACUGAUGCAAUUCCCGAUCCACGUGCCGUAAAUCAAGACAAAAAGAAUAUUCUCUUCUCAGGUACCAAUGUUGCCGCUGGUAAGGCUCGUGGUAUUGUCAUUGGUACCGGUUUGAACACUGCAAUUGGUAAAAUUCGUACCGAAAUGUCCGAAACUGAAGAAAUCAAAACUCCUUUGCAACAAAAACUCGACGAAUUUGGCGAGCAAUUGUCUAAGGUUAUUUCUGUGAUUUGCGUUGCUGUUUGGGCUAUUAACAUCGGUCAUUUCAACGAUCCCGCGCAUGGUGGGUCUUGGAUCAAGGGUGCUGUCUAUUAUUUCAAGAUUGCUGUUGCAUUGGCUGUCGCUGCAAUUCCUGAAGGUUUGCCAGCUGUCAUUACGACUUGUCUGGCUUUGGGUACCCGUCGUAUGGCUAAGAAGAACGCCAUUGUUAGGUCUCUGCCUUCUGUUGAAACCUUGGGUUGUACUUCAGUCAUUUGCUCAGACAAGACUGGUACUUUGACCACCAAUCAAAUGUCUGUUUCGCGUAUGUUUGUUUUCGAGAAAGUCGAAGGUAGCGAUAGCAGUUUCCACGAAUUCGAAAUCACCGGCUCUACUUACGAACCAAUUGGAGAAGUUUUCCUCAAAGGUCAAAAAGUUAAAUGCUCUGAAUUUGAAGGGCUUCAAGAACUUGGCGUUAUCUGCAUUAUGUGCAAUGACUCUGCUAUUGAUUUCAAUGAAUUUAAACAGGCUUUCGAGAAGGUUGGUGAAGCUACCGAAACUGCUCUUAUCGUUUUGGCCGAAAAAAUGAAUCCUUUCCAAGUUACGAAAUCUGGAGAUCGUCGCCAAACCGCUAUUUGUGUUCGUCAGGACAUCGAAACCAAGUGGAAGAAGGAGUUUACUUUGGAGUUUUCACGCGAUCGCAAAUCAAUGUCUUCCUAUUGUGUUCCUUUGAAGCCCUCACGUUUGGGUAAUGGUCCUAAACUUUUCGUUAAAGGUGCCCCUGAAGGUGUCUUGGAACGGUGCACUCAUGCCCGUGUUGGUACCCAGAAAGUUCCUCUCACUAACACUCUCAAGAAUCGUAUUUUGGACUUGACUAAAGUUUACGGUACCGGACGUGAUACUCUUCGUUGUCUUGCUCUUGCAACUGGUGAUAAUCCGAUGAAACCCGAAGAAAUGGACUUGGGAGAUUCUACUAAAUUCUACACUUAUGAAGUUAAUCUUACCUUUGUUGGUGUUGUUGGUAUGUUGGAUCCUCCACGUAAAGAAGUCAUGGAUUCGAUUGCUAGAUGUCGUGCUGCUGGUAUUCGUGUUAUUGUUAUCACCGGUGAUAACAAGGCUACCGCUGAAGCUAUCUGCAGACGUAUUGGUGUUUUCACCGAAGAUGAAGAUACAACUGGAAAAUCAUACUCUGGUCGCGAAUUCGAUGACUUGAGUCCUGCCGAACAAAAGGCUGCUUGUGCCAAAGCUAGACUGUUUUCUCGCGUAGAACCUGCUCACAAAUCAAAGAUUGUUGAAUACUUGCAAAGCAUGAAUGAAAUUUCUGCUAUGACUGGUGAUGGUGUCAAUGACGCCCCAGCGUUGAAGAAAGCCGAAAUUGGUAUUGCUAUGGGUUCUGGAACAGCCGUCGCUAAAUCAGCCUCCGAGAUGGUUUUGGCCGAUGACAACUUCUCGUCUAUUGUAGCCGCCGUUGAGGAAGGUCGCGCCAUCUACAACAACAUGAAACAAUUUAUUCGUUACUUGAUUUCCUCGAAUAUCGGUGAAGUCGUGUCAAUUUUCUUGACCGCUGCUCUUGGUCUUCCCGAAGCUUUGAUUCCUGUGCAACUUUUGUGGGUCAACUUGGUAACUGACGGUCUCCCAGCUACCGCUUUAGGUUUCAAUCCACCCGAUUUGGAUAUCAUGUCGAAACCGCCUAGGAAGGCCGAUGAAUCUCUCAUUUCCGGAUGGUUGUUCUUUAGGUAUCUCGCUAUUGGUGGCUAUGUAGGUGCUGCGACUGUUGGUGCUGCCGCCUGGUGGUUCAUGUAUUCUCCUGAGGGUCCACAGUUGAACUAUUACCAAUUGACUCAUCAUUUGCAAUGCAUCAGUGGCGGACCUGAAUUCAAGGGUGUCGAUUGCAAGGUUUUCAACGAUCCUCACCCCAUGACCAUGGCUCUCUCUGUACUUGUAACAAUUGAAAUGUUGAACGCUAUGAACAGCUUGUCUGAGAACCAGUCGUUGAUUGUUAUGCCCCCAUGGUCUAAUUGGUGGUUGAUGGGCUCGAUGGCUCUUUCCUUCACACUUCACUUUGUUAUUCUUUACAUUGAUGUUCUAUCCGCUGUGUUCCAAGUGACUCCAUUGACCCCAGAGGAGUGGUUAACUGUAAUGAAAUUCUCAAUUCCAGUAGUAUUACUUGAUGAAACGCUCAAAUUCGUCGCAAGAAAGAUCACAGAUGGUGAGAAUCCAAUUUACACUGUGCAUUGGAUUGUACUAAUGUGGGCCGUAUUCUUUGGUUUACUGUGUGUGAGCCCCAUCUAAAUGUGACUGCCUCCUUGGUCGAGGACAGUGUUAGUGCGUAAACGGGUAUCAACAAUAGGACCAAACUUGUUUUUUCAUUUCAUUUGUUUGUAUCAAGUGCCUUUGAAUUGAUUAUCAGAAAACUGAGAAAAAUAGUAAUAAAUGUUGUGCAAUUUUUAAAUUAGAUCUUUUUAAUGGGAUUGGGUUAGGUUUAACGCUUGGUCUGGAUAUUUCAAUACUGAAUCUCGUUUACUCACUAACUGUGCUGCAUAACUCUUAGUACCCUAACAUGAAGAAGCAGGCGUCUUCCACCACACUCGUUCAAGGCAUGCUCCAUUCCUGUGAUUCAAAUAACGAACUGCAUGCCUUGAACGCGAUCGACAAGAACAGGCAAGUUGGUACUUCUCAAGUGUUGUGAUUCUUAUAGACAAAAUCUAAUAAAAAGUGCAUGGUUCAUAAAGCGCAACAAGACUGACCAGUUUUUUGACCAGCAACGAAUGCUACAGACCAUACGAUAUGGCGUAAAUUAGUGAAAUUUAAAAUACAAGCGAGAGCAUGAUUGUUGAUCAGAAUAGUUUCAAAUUUAUGGCGCGUUAGUUGAGAUUAGAUGAGAUUUCGGUGAUAUUUUUAAUAGUGCUCGUCCAUUUUACUUAGAGUAAAGUAGCCAAUUCGUGUACUUAGCAGUAAAUUUGAAAUUAUCACUGAUUCACGUCUUAUUACCCCUUGAUUUAAUUACACUUUGUUGUAUUGAAUUGAGUAAGUCAUAAAAGAUUCAGUUUGUAAUAAAUCAGUUACAAAUAAUUUUGUGAUUUACCAGUUUUAUUUAUUGGUGCAUUUUCGAUGCGCAAUCUGGUGUUUCGGCAAAGAGUUUUCAUGAUUUUGUGUGCAUUUUGGAAGUAAAAUUUUUUUUUUGGAAACUUUUUGUCUUACACUAGCGUAAACUGUUACAAAAAUGUAAAUAUUUGUAAUGGGCAGUGUUAUUAAAAUAAUAAAGUUAUAAACGUUA